AUGAACAAAGCACCGAAGAAACGAGGCCUUUCGGUCGAAGAGAAGGUCUCGCGGGUUGAGGAGUGGUUCUUCUCUCACCCCACGCCAUACACACUGAAGGAGCUGCUGGUGGUGCUGCCGAAGGCGACGGGCGUCAUUUUGCAGUCGAUCGAGGAAUGCUUGGAACUCCUCGUCUCUGAGAACCGCAUCAGCCAGAAGAAGAUCGGCGUCCACGUCCUCUUUUGGUGGUUUCCCAAGACAGCGGCGCAGCAGUUGGCCGCGGCGUUCAACGCCAGCGGUAGUGGCGGGGCGGUGGCCGCAGCCAAAUACAUGAGUAUGGGGCUGCCGCAGCUGCAGAAGGAAGUGCACGCGUUG